GAGUAAACAACUAAAUGUAUGAUCUCAAAGUUUUGUGAUAGGACAGCACUGAGCAUGCGCAAGUAGACCUAUGGCGAGUGAUCUGGAACGUUUUGAAGAGGAUGGUGAAUGGCAGAUACAAGAACCACUUUGGGAUGGAAACGAUUCCUCGGACUACGAUAUCGAUUCUCCUUUGUUCAGGGACACACACCAGCAAGAUUCUUCACCACAACCACUACAACUACGUAUACCUAGUUGGAUAGCACCAGCAAGAGCAGCAGCAGCAGCAGCAAGUGCUUGUGUAUAUUUAGCAACCGAAUCGUCAGACGAAGAUCAGAGCAGCGAUGACGAUUUGGACAUUGUUAAAGAAAUAGAAUUUAUUGGUCAUUCCAAUGAGGACCAUGAUAGUCACCGCAGGAAGAGACUGCGCAGGAGUGAUUGUGAUUACCAAGAUCAAGUACAGCCAAAACAGAGAGAUAGAAAGAAUGACCAUGUAGAGACAAGUAGUAAACGUUACGUUGACUCUUCUAGUGAGUUUUCAGAUGACGAGUUUGAUGCAUUACCUCCAUUUGAGCUGCACACAUCAUGGAAACAAGACAACAAGAAAUUGUGUGCUGAAAAGAAGCAUGCAAAUACAAGUUGUAAGACAAAGAGAAAGAAGGAAGUUUGGAAUGCGAAGGACAGUGAAGCUAUUUGUGUCUGCAAGUCAAAGGUGCAUAGAAAACAUUGCCCCAAGCGAGCGAAGGUAGCUAACUCUUGUGUAAAGACCAAGUUGGCUUCAUCGUCUCAUACUUCUGCGUGCAGCCAGUCUAGUGGUCCUCUUGCUGGUAAAGUGAUGAUUACGUCCGUAGGAAAACACUACCAUGCUGCUAACAGUUUGCAAAUAAAACCAACUGUGAGCCAGCAAAUGAAUGGUUUAUAUUCCUGUGGAGUCAGACAAAUUUCCGGUAGUUGUGCCACUGUGCCGUUAAGCUCUGUUUCUACUGUUAGUCAAGAUAGUCGUCGUAAAAGAGAACUUGGGAGCAGUGUAAUGUCAAAACUUGUUACUGUGCCUAAUUCGGUGUAUACUGAUGUGGAAAUGAGACAGCAGUUGUUGUUGGUUGGUCCUCAGUAUGGUGUCAAUGCAUCGUUUUUAUCUUCUUCUCGAAGUGAGCCGAAAUUAGUGAUCUCGGGAGAUGCUGUGAGCAUCAAUGAAGCAGUCACUGCAGCUUAUGAGAAGAUUAUCAGUCUGCAAAGUAAGUUAAUCAACCAAUCCGAAGUACCUGUGAUAUGGCCAGUUGAAUGGGAAGGUAGCUUUGAUGCUGCCAGCAAGAAAGCCAUUCUCCAUACGGUCAUCCCUGGCUCCCAGGAAUAUACCAAUGUCCUCUGCAGAUGCAUGGAAACUAUACCAGAGAUUCAACUGAUGAAACUGGAGAGGAUACAGAAUCCUUGGCUGUGGAAGCAGUAUGCUCUACAUCGCACACGGAUGUCGGAAAAAGGCAACCAAGCACUCAAUGAAUUGGACCUUUUCCAUGGACCACGCAGGGUCAAUCCAAAGUUGAUCUAUGACAGUGAAGAAGGCUUUGACAUGCGUUUCUCGUCACUCGGUGCUUGGGGCAUCGGUUGCUACUUUGCCGUCAAUGCCAGCUAUUCUGCAGGUUAUGCACAUCAUACACACAAGGGCUUGUUCCAGAUGUUUCUAGCUAAGGUACUCACAGGUGACAGUGUUCUCAGCCCGCAGAAUCAAGACUUACGGAUGCCACCAGUGAAAAAAGGACAGACUCGGUAUGACACAGUAACAGGAAUUUCAGGAGACAGCCAGAUAUUUGUUACAUAUAAAAAUGACAAGGCAUAUCCAUUUUAUCUAAUCACAUUCUGUAUCAAUCCACAGUAGUACAUCUAUAGUAAUAUUAAUAGGGCAUAGUACUGAAUAAAUUGUUUUUUACUUCAACAGCAAUCAGUACAUUCAAAUUUUUGGCCUGCACCUUCGAGGGACAGCAA